AUGCGCACGCACCGCUGUUGUUCUGGUCGUAAUUGUCGGCUCUGCCUACGGCGGGUUUGGUGUGUGGUCGGUCACACAGUGAACUCUGAUGGACACAAAGCACAGGGUUUUGAUGACCCAGAGAUCCCUCCCCCGCCCCGCAAGCUGUUGACGCCCUGCGGGUCUCUGGUCCGAGUGAUCGAGUUCUGGUGGCGGAAGAAUUUCCUCCCUAGGGCAGCGUGUGGGCCAAAGGCCAGAGAAGGCCCGCCGGCGCUGGACUCUCCCCCGAAGACCCGGCGGGGCUGGCGGUGGCUGCUCGCUGACGGCUGGAGAGGGAGCUGGUGGAGAGACCGCGACGGUCCUCGACUAAGACACAGUCUCGGUCCUCGCGGAGUUUACCUCACAAGAAAAAUGCAUGCAUUUAUCAGCUAUGAGCGGCAUGGAGUGCGUCCCUCAAGAAUGUAUGCAGGUAUCCAGCCUGAGGCUGAAGGGAAGUGGCUCUCUCAUGAGAAUGCAGAUUUGAAGUCCGUGGUAACAGUCCCAGGUGGAGAGAUGCUGGCUUUGAAUAACAUGAUGACCAUCUCUCUGAACCCCCAAAUCGUGGGGGUGCAUGAACAAGAUAGGAAUGAUUCAAAGGAACAGGUAACAACUCUAGGAAGAGAAAAAAUUAACCCUGAGGCUUUUCGCAAGAGCUUCAGAUGUUUCCCAUACCCAGAGAAAGCUGGACCCCGGGAGGCUGUGAACCAGCUCUGGGAACUCUGUCUUCAGUGGCUGAGGCCAGAGAUUCAUACAAAGGAGCAGAUUCUGGAGCUGCUGGUGCUGGAGCAAUUCCUGACCAUCUUGCCCAGUGAGAUCAGAAUUUGGGUGAAGUCCCAGCAUCCAGAGAACAUUGAGGAGGUGAUCACCCUGGUGGAAGAUUUGACCCAAAUGCUUGAGGAGGAAGUUCCAAGUUCUCAAGAUUGUCCUCUUCAAGAGGGAAGCCCAGAAAAGCAGGGAAUGUCUGCUGUGUCACCAAUAGCCAGCUUUCAGGAAACCAUCACAUUCCAGGAUGUGGCUCCAGACUUCACUUGGGAAGAGUGGACACAAUUGGACCCCAGUCAACAGGAUCUCUGUAGGGAUGUGCUGAUGGAAAACUAUCGAAACUUGAUCUUUAUUGGACUUUCAAUUUCCAGACCAGAUAUGUUCUCUCAGUUGGAACAUGGAGAAGUGCCAUGGUUGUUGAAAAAUGAAGCUUCAAGAGGCAUCUGCCCAUAUUGGGACAUUGGACCUGAAGUGGCGUUCAUUCCAGUGUGGGGAACUACUAUAGACGAAUCAUCUCAGGAGACACUAAUGGAAAGAACUAUGGGGCAUAGUUCCUGGGACUCUAGACUAGAAGCUUUUAAAUGUUAUGGCUCACUAAUGAGGCAUCAGAGUCAUCAGGAAAGGCAUUUGAAGCAAGUAACAAUCACACAUGAAGAAACUUUAAGUAUGGAAAGAGACUCUGAAAACAGUGAAUUUGGAGGAUGCUUCAGUCUGAGCUCAAUCCUAAUUACACAACAGAGAGUUCCUAUAGUAAAUCAGUCAAUCAGCAGUCAUUUAUUAGAUGCCUACUAUGUGCCAGGCACUGUGUUAGGCACUGGGAAUACAAAUAAAAUAAAUGAGACACUUCCAAAUCUUUAUAGCUUUGACACACAUGGAAAGACUUUCCAAGAUAACUCAGAAUUAAAUAAAUGUCAAAAAAUCUACACAGGAAAUUAUAGAUUGAUGUAUAAUGAAUUUGGGGAAGCCUUCAGCCAGAUUUCACAAUUUAACCUUCAGCAUGCCGGUCAUUCUGGAGAGAAACCCUAUAAAUGUAGUGAAUGUGGAAAAGCCUUUACCCAAAGGGCAAGCCUUACUCAACAUCAGAGAAUUCAUUCUGGAGAGAAACCUUUUAAAUGUAAUGAAUGUGGGAAGGCCUUCACCCAGAGGGCACAUCUAACUCAACAUUUGUUUACUCAUAAUGGUGAGAAACCUUUUAAGUGUUAUCAGUGUGGGAAAGCCUUCAUCCAGAUCUCACAGCUUAAUAUUCAUCAAAGAAUUCAUUCUGGUGUGAGAUCCUAUAUCUGUAAUGAUUGUGGAAAAGCUUUCACCCAGAGGACAAAUCUUACUCAACAUCAGAGAAUUCAUUCUGGGGAGAAGCCUUUUAAAUGUAAUGAGUGUGGGAAAGCCUUUACCCAGAGGGCACACCUUACACAACAUAUGUUUACUCACAGUGGAUCUAAACCUUUUAAGUGUAAUGAAUGUGGAAAAGCUUAUAGUCAGCUUUCACAACUUAAUGUUCAUCGAAGAAUUCAUUCUGGAGAGAAAUCCUAUAAGUGUAAUGAAUGUUCAAAAGUCUUUCCCAUGUGGGCAGAACUUACUAGACAUCUGAGAACUCAUUCUGGAGAGAAACCUUACAAAUGUAAUGAAUGUGGGAAAGCCUUUACUCAGAGGGCAAGCCUUACUCAACAUCACAGAAUUCAUUCUGGUGAGAAACCUUAUAAGUGUAAUGAAUGUGGGAAAGCCUUUACUAAGAGAGCACAUCUUACUCAGCAUCAGUUUACUCAUAGUGGAGAGAAACCAUUUAAGUGUAAUGAAUGUGGGAAAGCCUAUGGUCAAUUUUCACAGCUUAAUAUUCACCUAAGAAUUCAUUCUGGAGAAAGAUCAUAUAAGUGUAAUGAAUGUGGGAAAGCUUUCACUCAAAGGGCAAGUCUUACUCAACAUCAGAGAAUUCAUUCUGGAGAAAAACCGUAUAAAUGUAAUGAAUGUGGGAAAGCUUUCACCCAAAGAGCACAUCUAACUCAACAUCAAUUUACUCAUAAUGGAGAGAAACAUUUUAAAUGCAAUGAAUGUGGAAAAGCCUAUAGCCAGAUUUCACAGCUCAAUAUUCAUCGAAGAAUUCAUUCUGGAGAGAAAUCUUAUAAAUGUAAUGAAUGUGAGAAAAUUUUCCCCAAGUGGGCAGACCUUAAUCGACAUCAGAGAAUUCAUUCUGGAGAGAAACCUUAUAAAUGUAAUGAAUGUGAGAAAGCCUUUACCCAGAGGGCACACCUUAGUCGACAUUUGCUAACUCAUAGUGGAGAGAAACCCUUUAAGUGCAGUGACUGUGGAAAAGCCUUCACCCAAAGAGCAUAUGCUCUUCAACAUCAGAGAAUUCAUUUGGGAGAAAAGUGCCUUACACCUAGUAGGAGCUUAAUAAACAUUUGUGAAUUGAAGUGAAUUAAAAUGUUUUCCUGAUAGCCUCUGUCUACUGUAGUAAUGUCAGAUUCAAAUAGAAAUGGGAGCUUUGAUAUGUAACCAACAUAUUGUCCCUGUGCUAACAUAUUGACUUAAUUUUAAAAUGAAAUGUUAUUAACAUAUUAUUGUGUUUUUAUUUAUUUGGUUCAGUAUUUCUCAAUUACAUUUUAAUUUGGUUGCUGUAUUCCAGAACAGGUUUUAACAGUUUUGGUUUACAGAAUUAUUAUGCUCUACCUAGUUUAGUUACCCUGUCAAAGAAGAAAAGGUUCUUAAUAAAACUACAUCAACUUUUUUUUUUUUUUUUUUUUUUGCCACACCAAUUUUUAAUUAGUUUAACUUCCCUUUCUAGCUUAUGGUUCACCCACUGAUACUGUGCCCUAAGAUUAUUUUUUUUCCAGAAAUAGUUGUUUAUGCAUUUAUAGAUCAGCUUGCAGACUCCUUUAGUUCUGAAAAUGGGGAUGUUUUGCCCUUUUCCAGUCCUGUGAAACCUCUUCCUAAAGCUCUCACAAAUUAUUGAUAGUGGCUCAGUUGUGAGAUCUACCAAUUCAUUUAGUGUGCUAGGGUGUAUCAACUAGUGAUUUGAACUAUUUGAGAGUGGCUAGAUGCUUGCUUGCUUGAGUGUUUCCUCAUUUAUCUUGGGUUUACUUGAUGCUAUUAAUUUUUCUUCUAGUCUUCCCAGUCCAUAACGCUUCUUGGAAGAGAAAACAAUUUAAGAGGUAAGUAGAUCAGUCAGUCAUUUAACAGUCUUCUCUUCUAAUGAUGAACUACACUCACUUCUGGACUGAAAUGAUAAGACUAGUGAAACAGAAUGAGACACACACUUUUAAGACAUUGGGGUGGAAUGAAGAUAGUGAUAAUUUAUGAUGCACAAAAGAAAAGAAAAACAUUAAUGAAACAUUUAAGAAUAUAUAGAACAGAAAAAAGAGAGUUAUAAAUAAGGGUAGUUUUGUUUCAAUCAUGUUAAAUUUAAUAUUUUUAAAAUGUAAGCCAGAAGUUUAUAUUUCUGGGGUUUUUUUUUUUUUU